GACGAGAAGAGAUUCAAGCAUAUCGGGGCUAGAUGUUGGAGGGAAUGAGGCUGAAGGGAUGGGCGCUGUCCGCAAAAGCUCUGGCGGGGAGCAGACUCCUUCGGAGAAGAAGAGCGAGCGACRKAGGAUGGUGCGAGAGGAGGUGGCGGAAGGAACCCUCCGCAUGAAGAGGAUGAGAGGAAAACCGGAGGCGGUGAUGGGCACGGAUGGAGGUGGCGACGGAGAACGUGCCUCGAGAAAGAGGCCGACGAAGGAAGAGGGUGGGACGRCAAGUAAGAAAGUGAGGAGGCCCGGCGGUUUGACCAUYCGCGAAGGACAAGCCGCGGCUGGAGGAGAAUCGRCUGAUCCAGGCGCUGYGGCCGCGAGAGAACCUUCGGGGAAAUCGAAACGGAAAGUGGCAGYUGAAGAAGGCGAUGGCGAGAAGAAAACUCGAAGGCGGAAGACUGUUGAGGCGGCGAGCGGUGGCGAAGGGCCUGUCGGUAAGGAGUACGACGAAGCGKCAGCGUUCUGGCUCGAAUACGAGCGGAACGAUGUCGGUGAAAUCGUGGAGAAAGAGCUCCCCGUCCAACUGCUCAUMGACCCCAGGAAGGUCUGCGAGAUCCCGACUUGGGAAAGAUAUUACAACCACCGCAGUCUGAGUCGCGAAACUGUGGACRACAUCAAGGGUACGAUGCUGAGUCAGUUCCGCGAGAAAAASGGGAAGAUCUGGACGAAAAACCCUYUGGUUUUGACACCCAUCUACAAGCCGGUGACGCGUAAGCCGGAGAGAGCUGACAGGGUUCACAAAGAUGUCUUCAAGCCAGAGGACAAGGACAAGUACUACUAUUACCCUGUUAAUCUCAACGAGAAUACGAGACACAAGAUGUCUAAGCAGCGAUCGCAGAAGACCGCGUUUUUGGACAUGCGGGAGGCAUGGGAGAAUGAAGGAAGGCCGAUGGCCAUUCAAGGGAACCCUUCCGGCAAGGAGGCCGAAAAACAAAAGUUCUUCGAUUUCCAAAAGCUGAAUUUGGGAAACAGUCCGAACGGAGCUCACUGGACGUUGGCACAAAAAGAUUCGUCGCUCGCCGACAAGGAGUAUGUCGCUGCAGUUGGCAAUGCAUUGAGGCAGUGGAUGCCGCUCGUGACGGCCGGUGAUGACGUUUUCCGCGAAACCAUGGAAUUCUACGCGAAAUGGGCGGAGGGGAAGUUGUUGGGCGGCGACGGCAAGAUGCCAUUGUCGAGGCCGGGCAAAUACAUGCCAGUCAAAUCUCCGGGUGUGCAAGAAAUUCCGGAAAUGGGCUCGAAAGGGGCGGCUGGUGAAAUGAAGAUGGGGUGGCUGGUCCGGGUCCCGCCGCCUCCGACCAAAAAGAAAACGCAAGCGGACGACAAGUUUUUCGUGGUCGUGAAGGAGCCAGACAUGUUCUGUUGGCAGUGUCUCGCCGAUAUGACCGCUGCCAAGAAACUGUCGAUCCUUGAUGACAUUCUCGCGCUAAGGGGAGUGCUCGUGCAAUCCGCGGGCGGCCAUCUGAAGCGUCAGCACAAACCAGGAAUUAAAGACAUGAUCGCGACGAGGAAAGUGGACCGUGUGCUGCUCCGUAUGUUCCACUACAUCUUGUUCCUUGAAACGAAGGAGGACGAACGUGUUUGGCGCCACGGGAGCCCUUUUUUUCGGACCGAGGGGAAGCUUCUGGAGGAGUACGGGCCGCAGGGCCUUACGAAACAGGUGUGGGUUGAAAUGCGAAAGCAUUUCCAGGGCGCGGUGGAGUACGUGAACACUUGCAAAGGUACUCUUCCGGACGAGAAGGAGUCCCUCGACGACGCGAAGAAAUUGUACGAUGAUGACAGGACGGACGUUUGGGACUUCUUUUUCGGACCCGGACCGCCUGGUCCGACCGACCUCGAAUACAGUCGACGGAGAAACCUGGUGUUCGCUGUGCUCAAUGGGUACCACGGUGCACCCAGGGAGUCUGUCUCGCACUUCCUGAGAAGACUGGAGCACGUUUACUUCAAGCUGGCCGAACCGCUUACUCUCGAAAACUACAAGUCACAGUUUGACGAGGAGGACCCUUUCAAUGCUGACGACAUGGAGGAGCUGAGCGACUCCGAAACCUUCGAUUUCGAGUCCAUGCCACUUCCUCGGGUGGUUGGACAGAAUGACAGACUCUACUUCUUCGGCAAGCAUCACCGGUUCACGUCGGAGGAUGUCUGGGGACACAACGUCGUUUGGCACCCGAGGAUAUUCCAACUUGCCGUGAGGAAUGGAAUAUGGGUCAUGGCAAUAAAGGAGGCCGAUGGCAAGUGGAGUGGACUGAAGAGACUGGGAGUGGGUGCAUUUAAGAGAAAGGCAAGAACUGCUCUGGUGGAGCAUUUGAGUCUCAUGAACCCUGAGAGUAACGAGCAGGACGUCGAUGCGUAUGCAGAACAAAAGCUAUAUGAGUUGUACGCCAACAACAUGUUGGAGUUUCGAGCGCCUUUCUACGCACUCGAAACGGCACCGUCUCGUGGCAUUGACUGGCGCAUGCUGCAACCUCCGCCGAUCGGUCAGCAUCCGGGAGGGGGUGGUGGAGGAGUUGAAGGAGACGACGGAGGUGGCGGAGGAGACGACUCACAGUUUGUCGGAAAGGGGACGGGCGAGACAUCGUCGGUUGAGAAGGCGUCCGGCGGAAAGGGGUCGGGCGGAAAGGGGUUGGGCGGGAAGGGGUCAGGCGGGAAGGGGUCGGGUGGAAAGCGUCGAACGUCCGGGAGUCCCCAGUAUAUGGAAACUGACCCCCACUGCGUAGGGAGUCGAGAUUCCGACAUGCGAGACGAGGCCACCCUGACGUCUGAUCAAGUGCGAGUAAAUUCGCACUUGUCUGUGAGGAGUUUGUUUCCCGUUGCCCAGGAGAGUCCAUCCUGCCGUGCGCAGCAGAGGUCUCCUGUGCUCAACACCUUGCUCCUGAAAGAGGGCGUCUUCGUUUUGCGUGGAGGGCGGGAUGCCUGCAUUGCGAAGGAGCGAAGGUGUGACCUCCGGUUUCCUCGGCUCGGGCGACCGCCACGAACUCCGAAUACAUUCGGAUUUGCUGCCUUGGACACAGGGUUACCCUGCUCGCCUCCUUUCUCAUGUGGUGAGACUCGAGAUUGGCGGUCUCGCGACGUGCUGGAGGGGCUCGCUCCAGGAGUGUUGGAGACCGUGGGUAGCGAGAACGAAUGUCACACUACUGGGGAAGACGAACGCUCUCCGGGAAUGCGUUCUGUUCAUCGGGAAGGGGAGACUCAACGCUGGCAGUCUCGCAAAGUGUUGGAGACCGGGGGUAGCGAGUGUGAACGUCAAGCUUCGGAGGGUGCGUCCGUGGACACUGACAGCGAGAGUGCAGGAGCUCCGGGGGAAACGCAUGCUGUACAGCGGGGAGGGGAGACUCGAUACGGGCCGGCUCGUGAAGACGUGAAGUGGCUCCACGCACGAGCGCUGAUGAUCGGGACGUCCGAAGAGGUUCUGCACAGUCGCUCGGCUCUGGCCACGACGCGAGAGGGUGUCGUUAAGGGAGGUAAGUGGAUGUCCGUGCAAGCUCCCGUUCUUGGCGACGAUGAAGACGAAGAAGAACCCGCAGUGGAAGCUCGCGUUCAUGGCGAUGAGAAAGGCGGAGAACCCGUGGUGGAAGGCGGUGAGGUGACUGUCGACAUCCGGACGGAUCCACAGCGGAAAGAUGGUGAUUCUUCGCCCACCCGUUGCGGUAAAGAACAGGGUGGUCGAGCGUCUGUCCUGAGCACCGCUUGGGGAAUGGUGCUUCAUGAAGCCAAAGAGUAGGGUGACAACUCGGCAACCACCGAGCUGGUUAGCGACUCAGGCGUGGCCGAGAUGCA